AUGGCCGCCGUUGAGCAUGGAGAGGAGAGACUUGCCGGCUGCGCUGCUGAGGAAGAACCUGACAACCGGAGCCACAAAGAGCGUCGCCAUGACGACCUGCCAACAGGAAGCUCAGAAGGCGACGAUUCUCAGAAGGGGGCGGAGCCAAAGGUCCAAGUGUCUGAGCCGGAGGCGGGGCCGUCUGAGUCCCAGUCCGGGGCGAGCCGGUCCGCAGACCCCCGGCCGCGGCGCUCCGUGAUGCGGGACAGGGGGCCGCUGUACGAGGACCCCUCGCUGCCGGCCGGCUGGACCCGCAAACUCAAGCAGAGGAAGUCCGGCCGCUCGGCCGGGAAGUACGACGUCUACCUCAUCAAUUCGGAGGGCAAGGCGUUCCGCUCCAAGGUGGAGCUGAUGGCGUACUUCCAGAGAGUGGGGGACGUCACUAGCGACCCCAACGACUUCGAUUUCACCGUCACAGGGAGGGGCAGCCCAUCCCGUCGUGAGAAACGCCCCCCGGCCAAGACGCCCCGGGCCGCCAAACCCUCCCCCCGUCGCCGUGGACGACCCAAAGGGAGCGGGAAGGCACGGCGCUCAACAGAGGGCGUGGCCAUGAAGAGAGUUGUGGAGAAAACUCCAGGGACGCUCCUCGUCAAGAGGCCUUCUGACAAGACCGAGUCAAUGGCCAGCACCAGUACUUCAGCCUUAAUGGUGGUCACCAAGUCGCGUCCGGGAAGGAAGAGGAAGUCAGACCAGGAAGUGGCGCCUCCCCAGACGGCCCCGAAGAAGCGAGGCAGAAAGCCAGCCUCGGCCAGUGCGUCAACAUCAGCGUUACCCGCGGCAACCACUGGACCCGGGGCCUCUUCAGCAGGAAACUUUGCAGCGGCCAUAUUGGCUGCAGAGGCCAAGCGAAGGGCUGCCAAAGAGAGCGCGGCCAGAGCCGUCGUCCAGGAGACGGCUCUGCCAAUCAAGAAGCGCAAAACCAGAGAGACCAUGGAGGACUUUGAGAAGGUGGCAGCGCCUGUUGCUACGACGACACUUAGCGGCUUGGGCCAUGGUGCUGCCCCAAGCACCUCAAAGCCACUUCCUGUCGGCCGGUCAGAGCCACUUCCUGUCGGCCGGUCAGAGCAGCUUCCUGUGGGUCGGUCAGAGCCGCUUCCUGUCGGUCGGUCAGAGCCGCUUCCUGUCGGUCGGUCAGAGCAGCUUCCUAUCGGCCGGUCACAGCCGCUUCCUGUCGGUCGGUCAGAGCCGCUUCCUGUCGGUCGGUCAGAGCAGCUUCCUAUCGGCCGGUCACAGCCACUUCCUGUUGGCCGGUCACAGCCGCUUCCUGUCGGCCGAUCAGAGCAGCUUCCUGUCGGCCGGUCAGAGCAGCUUCCUGUCGGCCGGUCAGAGCAGCUUCCUGUCGGCCGGUCACAGCCACUUCCUGUCGGCCGGUCAGAGCAGCUUCCUGUCGGCCGGUCAGAGCCACUUACUGUCAGCCGGUCAGAGCCGCUUCCUGUCGGCCGGUUGGACCAGCUUCCUGUGAGGGAUGUCGUUCAUCCCCAGGAGCGCCAGACCCCUACAGGCCAGAAGCAGAAUGCAGCCGAGAGUCAAAAGAGGAAGGAUCGCACUCCGCUCAAACACCCCUCCCACCACCGCCCUGCUCCACCGAAACACAAACCUCAGCCGCCCCAACCACCUCCACCCUCACCACAGUCUGAGACCCCACCCACAACACAGGUCACACCUCUGCCCCACCCUGUUCCCCAGACCCAGCCCACUAGACCUCCGCUGCACAUACAGAGCUCACCCACAAGCCCCUCCCCUCCCCGAUCUCAACCAAAAACAAUCCACUCCAGACACCAACCUCAGUCCAGACAGCCCCCACCUCUCCCACAGACUCAUCAGACCCGCCCCCAGCUUAACCCACAACAAACACAGCCCCGCCCCCAACUCCUGCCCCGCCCCCAGCUACAGCCCCGUCCCCAGGUCAUCCCUCAACAAACACAGCUCCGCCCCCAGCUACAGCCCCGCCCCCAGCUACAGCCACACCCCCAGCCACGCCCACAGCGCCCAGGUGACCAGCAGGCACCGAGCCAGCAGGUGUGUCCGACUGCCAGCCUGACCGCCCCCCGGCCCCGCCCCCUCAGCCUGGCCUCAGGCUGGGAGGGGCGGCGGGAGGGUGUCGGGGUGGAGGGGAGAGCAGAGGCUCCGCCCACGUUGGACACCAGGGAGACGUCAAGCCCGCCUCCAGCAGGAAGCAGCGAGCCCGUGGACUCUCGGACUGCUGUCAGUGAACGGGUCAGCUGA